ACCGAGCCCGUGGAAGUGGCCACCAAGGCCAACCCGUGGGAUGGGAAGACGCUGAAGCCGGAGAGCGUGCGCUCCCAGCUGGACACGUCCCUGGAGAGGCUGCAGAGGACGAGUGUGGAGCUCUUCUACCUCCAUGCUCCCGACCACGGGACCCCGGUGGAGGACACCCUGCGUGCCUGCAAUGAGCUGCACAAAGAGGGGAAGUUUAAAGAGCUUGGCCUGUCAAACUACGCCUCGUGGGAGGUGGCAGAAAUCUGCACCAUCUGCAAGUACAACAACUGGGUGAUGCCAACUGUGUACCAGGGAAUGUACAACGCGACCACGCGCCAGGUGGAGGCCGAGCUGUUCCCCUGCCUCAGGCACUUCGGGCUGCGCUUCUACGCCUACAACCCUCUGGCAGGGGGGCUGCUGACCGGCAAGUACAAGUACGAGGACAAAGACACGCGCCAGCCCACGGGGAGAUUCUUUGGGAAUGACUGGGCUCAGGCCUACAGGGACAGGUACUGGAAAAAACACAAUUUUGAGGGAAUUGCACUGGUAGAAAAAGCUCUGAAAGAGGCUUAUGGCCCCACAGCACCCAGCCUGGCAUCUGCUGCACUGCGCUGGCUCUACAACCACUCCAAACUGCAGGGUUCUCUUGGAGAUGCAGUGAUCAUUGGGAUGUCCAACUUGGAGCAGCUGGAGCAGAACCUCAACUACAGCGAGGAGGGUCCCCUGCUGCCGGCCGUGGUGCAGGCGUUCGACGAGGCCUGGAACCUGAGCGCGCACGACUGCCCCAACUACUUCCGCUAGGGAAGGCUGGCACGGGCUCCAGAGACUCGGGAGAGAGGUGCCCACCCUGCCCUGCCACCCACGGCUGGAGGGCUGCAGGUUUGUCCUGAAUCAGUGAAGCUUUGUAGGAUCCACACCCGUGCCUUAGUCCUCCCUGCUGGCCCCUCGGCUCCCCCAGCACACCCCGUGAUCACACCCCGUGAUUCAGGAUGCAGCUGAUGAGGAAAAUGAACACCUGAACCAGGUGAAGGCCCCUGUUCUGCUUUAAUGUGAAAUCUUAAAUGAUUACAUGAGAGAAUAAAACCUCUUCCUAGUGCA